AGCUAAACUUGCAAACUCAAUUUAUCUAACUAAAUCCACAUAAUUCGUUUGCGUUAUAAAUUAUUUAGCUAGCAAGCGCGAAAGCUAUCACUUUGAAGUGCCACCCCAUUGGGGCGUUUGAGUUUGCUUGACGCCGGUGUUGUGCCGAAAAUCCUCUCCCCCUUUUACGACUUGUUUGCUAGUUGAGAUUUCUGCUCUUCACUCCGUUGUCAGUUUAGCAUACAUUUCACUGAUCUUAGUAGCAGAAAGCAUUUUUGUCUGCAGUUUUCGGUUUGGCUAUUUGUUUCAAAUGUAUGUGGCGGUUCUAGCUUGUAUGUCGCCCAGCCCAUGUGUCCCGUACCUAAAUCCUAUUUGUAUUAGUCUAUAAAUACAUCUCUGCCAAAAUUCGUAAUCUGUCCCAUAUCUUAUUCAACUAUUAUUUUUGAAAGUGUAAGAAUAAUAAUUCAGCCAUAGGUGUUCUGAAAUGUUUAUUGCUUGCCAACAUUUUACUCCCUCUUCUAUGUUUAAUAUAACACACAUACAUUACUUAUUAAUUUCGGUUGCCUAUCCUGACGUGAAGUUUGGUCUAUAGAAAGUAUUUGACUCUAAUGUGUGCCACAGAAAGUAUUGGACUCUAGCCACAAAAUUAAGAAAAUUAGCAUAACACCGGCUAGCUGGGUGUCAUAGGGCAUCAUCUCUCCUUAGCAUUGCGGUUUAUUUGAGGUUAGGCAAUCUCACAUAAGUAAGUGUGUCUGGGAAAGACAGAAAGCAAUAUUUUCAUAUAUUCCUGUCACAAUUAGAUGUAUUUGUUAGUUUGUUUAUUGGUAUACACAAUUCAGCUUUUAGCUGCCAUGUAUACACAAAAUAAAAUGAAAAAACGAAAAAGCUAUGCUAAAAAACCCUGCCUGCCGACCUGCCCUCUUUUCAUAGCUGUACUUGUCAAGAUGGCCCCCCCUUCUUCUAACUGCAAGUGCAUGCCAAGGUCCUAACACUACAACUAGCUAUAUGAACAAACAUAUAAACGCAACAUGCAACAAUUUCAAAUAUUUUACUUAGUUACAGUUAAUAUAAGGAAAUCAGUCAAUUGAAAUCAAUUCAUUAAGCCCAAAUGAUUGGAUUUCACAUACCGUAAAAAAAAAUUGUGGCGUGGAUCAGAAAUCUAGUCAUUAUCUGGUGUGACCACCAUUUGCCUCAUGCAGCGUGACCCAUCUCAUUCGCAUAGAAUUGAUCAGGCUGUUGCUUGUGAAAUGUUGUCCCACUCCUCUUCAAUGGCUGUGCGAAGUUGCUGGAUAGUGGUGGAAACUGGAACACGCUGUCAUAAACAUAGAUCCACAGCAUCCCAAACAUGUCUGAUUGGACAUGAGCCCCUCAUCCCAACUGUCGGAACCACCAUGUUUGGGAGGAAAGUGUUGUACCUCCCUGGAUUCUUCUCCUAUGCACAGCACAUCAUAAGGGUGGAUGGAAAGAGGGGACUCUUCCGAGGUCUGUCCCCUCGUAUUAUGUCCAGUGCCAUCUCUACAAUGGUCCGAAGUAAAGUCAAACAGGCCAUUCCAGCAGAGCAGGUAGAGAAUGUAUCAAACAGAGAUGACUUGAAGACCUCCCUCAGGAAUGUGGUCAAAGAGACCUCACAUGAGAUGGUCAUCCAGUGCCUGUCCAGGAUAGCCACUCAUCCCUUCCAUGUGAUCUCAGUGCGCUGCAUGGCCCAGUUUGUUGGGAGAGAGAUCAAGUACAGGGGGUUGUUCAGCUGCAUAGCCAACAUCUUCAAGGAGGAGGGCGUUGGGGGAUUCUUUGCGGGGGUUGUGCCCCAUGUCCUGGGUGAGGUCAUCUUCCUGUGGUGUUGUAACCUCCUGGCCCACUUCAUCAACACCUACGCAGUGGACAACAAUUUCAGCCAAGCCCCAGCAGUGAGAAGCUACACUAAGUUUGUGAUGGGGAUUGCAGUGAGUGUGUUGACAUACCCAUUUAUGCUGGUGGCAGACCUGAUGGCAGUCAACAACUGUGGCUUAGUGGCUGGUGUUCCCCCUAACUCUCCCAUCUUCAAGUCCUGGGUGCGCUGUUGGGCUCACCUGAGCCAUGAGGGCCAUCUCUUCCGAGGAUCCAGCUUCUUCUUCCGCCGCGUACCUGUGAAAGCAAUGGCCUUGACUGAGGAGUGAUGUCAUCAACCACCGCACAACCUGUGCCACUGUUCUCCCUCCUAACUGGUACCUCAGUGAGACCAACGUGCAGCCCACCAAGUCAAACCUUCCCCUCACCUUAAACACCCUGGUGGGUACAGCAGGAGCAGCAAGAUAUCAAUGGGCUUGGGGAUCUACUGAUCUUUUUUUGCUGAAUCAAAGUUACUUACAAAAGACGUUAUUUUGUUUUUAAUCUUAAGUAUUAGUGUAGCUACUCAAAAGAGAGAUGUUGGAGAAUUAAUGUGAGCAAAUCAAAAUGGUAUCCAAUAGAUGUCCUCUUGGUUGAAUGCUGAGAGUAUAAUCUCCUUUUACUAUCCCAGCCUAAAGUUGCAAAUGUAUUAUUUCUUUAUUCAAAUCUAUCACUUCAUUUUGCAAUUUAUUUAUUUUUUAUAUACAGUUUAAUUAAGUUCUAUAUAGGCUUUGGAAUUGGAUAGUUGAUAACGUCAUCUAUUGAAAUAUGCCAAAUGUUUAUUUUUCAAAUGAUCUUCCCAGUAGCAUGAUAAGUGUGGUUGCAUACAAAGGGGAUCCUUUGCCUCGCCAAUUCAAAGGGGAUCCUUUGCCUCGCCAAUUCAAAGGGGAUCCUUUGCCUCGCCAAUUCAAAGGGGAUCCUUUGUCUCGCCAAUUCUUACAAAUUGCAGCUCCAGUGUUCGGCUGCCAUGAGAGGAGUAAGAAACGGGAGGAAUUCAGAGGGCAACCAGUGGUUUUCAGUGAUGUCUAAAAACUUAGCCUGCCACCCAAAAAAGGUUUUCUCUGUGGCCAUUUUGACAACUGUCCUUGAUGUAUAAUAUAUCAAAUAAGUGAUAUAUCUAACUAGUGCAAAAUAGUGGGUAUGUUUGUGUUACCAAUGACAAAGAAAUGCUAAAUUAUGUGAUGACAAUGGCUGAGCAUUUUAUGCAUAUUAUGAUCCAUUUUGCAUUCAGGCUAAGGGUGUGUGCCUGAUCUUUGAAACAACCAUUUCUGUUUGAGUUCCUUUUGGACUGCAGUUGAAGAUCCCAAUUAACCUGAUCGUUUACAGUUAACCACUUGUAGUAGCAUAUAAAUAAAAGGAAUCACCUUACCUCCUCGUUAACAUUAUCAUAUUGUGUCUCCCCCUGCCCCCGUGAUCAGUGUUAACCACAAAAUGAUCUUGACCGGGUUUGGUAUGGGCUGUUUUUGUGUCCUUAUUCCAGAUUUUUUUUGCAAUGGAUUGCUCUAAUCAUGUCUACUUGAAAUAAUGUGUGGGGAAAGCUUGCAGAAGAGACAUGCGUUGCCAAGUGUGUGAGUGGGUUUAUUAUGUGUGCAUCUUUAUACCAUGUAAUUGAGAAUAUGGUGUCCAAUGCUGUAAUCUUUCUGUAUGUUUUUUUCUCUCAAAAUGUCAUGAGUAUUCACUCUCGUGUAUGUGUGUUCCAGUCAAACAUUCCCUGUAAACUGUGAUCCCCGAAAGAGGGAGAAGCAAUGGCGAGGCAGUUGCUUUGCAACCUUGCAUUUCCGAUGUCUUAUUUUCCUGAAAUAAUAUGAAACCUGGCAUUCUUGUCUAUUCCACAGUAUAUGUGUUUGUUUUUAACCUAUCCUUUGAUCUGGUUUUAUAUUUAAAAAAUGAAAUGACAUGGAUGAUG